CUGUGAUGCUUUGUCUACGUCACAAACCCGCGACGAUUUGUCUUCCUCGCAGCAACCGCUGCGUUGCUAUCUUGAAAGCUAACUUUUUUUUUCGAAAGGAUGGCUCCCAAAAAGGCGAAAAAGGUUAUAAACCAAGACGAGCUUCGACGUUUAAUGCGAGAGAAACAACGUCAGUCAACGGAUAAGAAGAGAGUGGAGUCUCCGUACGCCAAAUACAACAGCCUGGGCCACCUCAGCUGCGUUCUGUGCAACGCGCCCGUCAAGUCCGAACUGUUGUGGCAAACUCACGUUCUUGGAAAGCAACACAAAGAAAAGGUGUCCGAGUUGAAGGCUUCCGCACACACACAACCACAACAAAAUCCGCUCCUGAAGAGGAAGACCCAGGAGCCCGAUGACAGCGGGAGGAAGGCGAAAUCCACGAGAGGCGAAUCCUCUUCUUCAGGGAUAUCUGAUGAUGUCUUCAAGAAGCCCCAUCCGAAGUUACCCACUCCGGCUCAGAGAUCAGCCGGGUUGAGUCUCCUGGCUGGGGUCUACGAUGAGGAUGAGGAGGAGGAAAUGGAGGAGGGAGGAACCAGCGCAGAAGAUAAGACGAGUGGUACCCCAAACCAAGGCGAUUCAACAGCCCCCGCAGGACUCCCAGACGACUUCUUUGACAGUUCUCUCCCCACGACCCCCACUGUGUCCCACUCUGGCUCCAUCAUGAAGGCGGACGAGCAGGAGAAGAGCGUCGAGAAGAAGGGUAACAGCGCCGAGUCGCUGCCCGAGGGCUUCUUCGACGAUCCGGUGAGAGACGCGAAGGUGAGGAACGUGGAAGCGCCCAAAGAUCUGAUGGACAAGGAGUGGGACGAGUUCCAGAAGGAGAUCCGCCAGGUGAACACCAAGUCUGACGCCAUCGUGGCUGAAGACGAUGAGGAGGGUCGCAUAGAGCGUCAGAUCGAGGAGAUCGACGAGCAGAUCGAGUGCUACAGGAGGGUGGAGGUGUUGAGAGACAGGCGGGAUGUUGUGAAGAAUAAGUCUGUCCAAGAGAGCAACGAUGACAAGGAAGCGAAUGAUAUGGACAUUGAAGAAGAGGACGAGGAGGAAUUACUUCGCCUGUUGGCUCGUGACUGGAGGGCGAAAGGUGCCAUGGCAUAGGGCAUAUUUGACUUUGCAAUGUGUUCAUGAAGCCAUAAGUUUGGACAUUGAAAAUCACUGUACCAUGUUGUCAGGUAUCCAUUCUACGUGGAGUUGUUUAUUACCAGAGAAGUUCAAAGUGUUCCUUUUUGUAAAUACCUUUGCCAGCAGUAAAAUUAAAAGGAUUUGUGUUACCUUUACAUUGAAGUCGUUACACCCAUUCACAUUUUCACAACCAGACAUUUU